AUGGCGGCUCAUGUGGAAGAAGAGCCUGAUUUACCUGAAGAAGUUACUGAAUCUCUUGAGACUUUUCACGAAGCUUUGGGUAAAGUUGAAGAUGUUUUCAAGCCUCUUCUAGAGACCUCAGUUGAUGACCUAAAGGAAAAGGUUUGAAGUUCCCUUUAUAAAAAAACAUAUAGCGUACAUGAAACCCUCAACUUGAUUUUGAUAAGCGGAAACUUUACGUUGUAUAGCUUUCAUUUUAAUAUCGUAUCUUGACAUUUUUUAAACGUUAAAUUAAAUUUUUGGUCACCUACGCUCUUAACUAAUCCUGAAACUUCAAAACUUCAAGGAAAACAAGGAAACGGUUUCUUUUGAUCACGAGACCAGGCUCUGAUCGCAUAUUCGUUCAACACUCUUAUUAAAAUUAAUGUUGUCUUUAGCUGCGUUGUAUGAAGUGAAGAAAUCAACUCAAAAGAACGUUAAAGGUAAAACAAAAUACGAAGCUGGUGAGGGUUAUUCUCAGAAAAACAGAGAGAUCGACACCCUGCAAUUUGUAGUCACAUGUACAAAAGUAUUCUUAAAAGUUCUUACAAGGUUUAUGACUCUUUUAUGUUUGUGGCACAUAAAACACGUCAGAGCCGAAAGUUGAAUUGAUUAAAGCGGGAACAGCCUGCAAAAACAGCCAUCUCUCCUCUCUCCUCGCCGCUAGGGAUGUUUCACCAGGAGAGCCACGUCUGUGCCUCAGCAACAGAAAUUCCAACUGAUGAGAUAUAGGGCGCUUUCCAUUUACGAAAAAACCCGGAAAUUUCGGUGGUAGCAAAAGUGGAAUUUCCGAUUGGUAAAAAGUUGUUCCAUUUGGUCCCCGCUGGCGGGUGCCCGAGGGACCUGUUUCACCAGGAGAGGACCACCUUUUAGAUUUUCCACUUUUUCUGUUUUCCUCAACCGACGAAAACGUGUUCCAUUUACCACCAACAGAAAUUCCAAACUGAUAAAUGGAAAGCGCCCAUAAUCUGUGUGAAAACUGGUUGGGAGCUCUGAUUGGUCGACAAAGUAGUUAUAUUGUUUUAAUUAUUGUUUGCGAUUGACAGACAAAAGACAAACAGUCAUAAUGGUACAAUGUAAAUGCAAUGAAUCUAUGACAAAACGGUCAAUUUUCGUGGGAUAUAUUUUUCUUUAGCAGAAACAUUUGAGCUUUUCUGGAGCUCAUUUGUUGAAGGAAAAAAAGAAACAAAAAAAGAGGAAAAAAACUUUACCAUUAGAUUAUCAACCAGGAGAAUAUAUUUGAACAAACUGACAUUUGGAACCCCAUGACUACCAGAUUUAUUAUGUAAACAUCAAUAUGGAGUUUCUGUCACUGAGCUGUAAACGUCUCUCCUGGUGAAAUGUCUCUAGCGGGGAGCAAGGACAGAUGGCUGUUUUCACAGGCUCAGAUGAGGAUAGCCUAACUGAUAUCUUCAAUCUUAUAACAGUCAAGUCAGUGUUAAAUUUAGUGAACCUUCAUUGGGCUUCCAAAACUACAGAAUACAGGGUCUUAUUUGUUGGUUCUUUUUCAUUUUUGAUAACACUUGGAGAACAAGUCCUAUUUUAACUUUUUAUGUUCUUUUUUAGAUGAAUCCACUGGAAAGUGCAAAACUUGACCUAGUAGUUGCUUAUGCUAUUAACUCAAUGUUCUGGAGUAAGUUUUUUUUGAAACUACUUUUCCAGCUUCUUAACAAAAGCCUUCCUUUACUUACACAGUUAAAGAAAAAAACUGCCUUUAGCCAAAAAGAAAAUAGUAUAAAUGUGGGAUAAUACUACCAAAAAGGUUUAGUUGAGCAGGAUUAACAAAACUUCCAAAGUUUCAAAAGUCAUAACUACAUGUGUACAAGGAAAAGCUGAUAAGCUGGAAUCAUGAGUUUUUUAUAUACUGUAAACUACUACUUAUAAGCUCCCCCAGUUAUAGGCAUAUCUGCCUGUAAACAAAAAAAAGGCAUCCGAUCAUAACCCCCCACCUCCCCUUCGUAGAUAAAAGCACCCCUCCAAAUGUAUAUAAAUGAAUUUGAUUUAUUAUUAUCUUAGUUAUAAGCCCCCUUGGAUUCAAGCCUCUCCAUAGGCAAGUCCUGAUCCUAAAACCCCUUAUGAAGAUGUACAAUGUGUAAGCCCAGUACUUAUAAGCGGUAGUUUACAGUAUCCCAUGAAAUUGAAUUCUAUGGAGUGUUGUGUAGAAUUUUUCAUUGUGAAAAUAAUAUAUGUGUGACUCUCUUUUUGUAGUGUAUCUUACCACUCAAGGUGUAAACCCACGUGAGCAUCCUGUGAAAUCUGAACUGGUAAAGUCAUUUGCCUGGAAUACACAGAGCUGCAUGUAGUACCAUUAUAUCAUUAUUUAUUAUAACAAAUAAAGAAGCCUCAACUGUGCUCUGUUCUGUUCUAAAGCAGGCAGAAAGAAAGAUGUGUAUCACAUUCCUUUUUAGAAUGGACCAAAUGUCAUGAUGUGAUUGUUUUUUGAAUGGCUAAGAAAGAUGAUUAUGAGUUCAGACCAUACAAAAUAGGUGCGGGGCAGCAAAGUUUUAGUUUUAAAAAAUUUUAAAUAAUGGAGAAUAUUGGUACAAUAUCACUGGAAAAAGGUGCUGGAGCACACAACUCAUGAUUCCUUACUAAUCCUCACAAUAAGACUAUAUUUUUUUAACACUAUUUUUUCUCAUGCUCUUUUCAUCCCUUUGUAUUGUAGUAUUGUUUAAGCUGUAUCCUGUAGGUUGUGCACAUCGGCAGGUUUUGAAGGUCAUAGAAGUUCUUUAACUUGUUUGCUGCCAUUUGUUGUCAUUGUAGGACAGGAUAAAGAAGUACAUGGGGAAAGUAAAAGAAGCAACAGAAAAGAAAGAAGGUCAGUAUCUCCUCUGAUCCCUUAGAAAAACUAGCAAUUUAUCUGGAAUCUACUUAAAUUGAAUAAACAAUAAGUGUAAAACUAGAACUUCCUGCUUUACAAGGACGACAUUGUGUAAUUAAAACCCCCCUAACUCUGGGGACUGUGGCAACAAAUACUUGAUUCGAAAUUUGUCAGUGAUGAUGCCUGUCUUAAAUGAUCCCCUAAACUGUUUAACAACACCACUCCACUAUAGCUGAAACUCUUUUUGAAGGUUUCAUUGCAGGAAAGUGGUACUGCUAGCGUGUUUACCAUAUUUCUUAUGUUACAAGGCUUAAGUCCAUACGAUUAAUAAAUUUUGAGCUCAAAUUGUCAAGAGUUUCAUUCUUAUAAAAAGUCUUAUACAUAAGAAUAAAUAAAUCAAACUUAUGUGGCAGCUCAAGUUUAUGCCAAUUAAGUGACUGAAAGAGCUCAUCCAGGCAAGCAUUGUAAUUUGAUGUUGUGAUUAUACAAGCAGCGCAGUUCUGUAGUUUCUGCAGCUUCUGGGAGAGGCCCUUAUUACAAUUUCCCCAAACUGUAACUGAAGUGAGGCUCUACAUGUACAAGAGCAUGAUAAAAUAGUCACGAGGGACAAAGUUUCUGACGUGCUUAAUUGCACUGAUGCCUGAAGCAACCUUAAGUUUUUAGAAAUCAUCUGAAUAUCGUCAUCCCAAUUCAGGUUCUGGUCAAUUUUUUUCCCAGCCACUGGGAUAAUUGAUAUCAGGCUAUAAUUGGUCAUAUCUGAACGUUUUCCUUCAUUCUUGUAGAGUGGAGUAACUCUUGGGCUUUCCACUCAUCUGCAAAUAUUUUCUUUUUAAUUGACAAAUUGAAUAGACACGACAAUGAUUCAGAAAUCAAAUCACGACACUCUCUCAGAAGCUUGCCAGAAAUAUUGUCAAGACCUGUCGCUUUCGAUUUACAAAGUUUAGAUGUACUGUUUUGUUUACAGGUAGGGGGAGCUUAUAAGUGGCAGUUUGAGGGUUGAUUGAAGAGAGGGAAGAAUUAUUAUUAUUAUUAUUUUCAAUCUGUUUUGUCAUAGCAUCUCUAAGGAUCGAUAAGGGUGCUGCUAAGAGAUUUGUGAAGAGUGCAUUGUGGAAUCCAUCAGGUAUCUUAGAAAGUAACUUGUUAUAGUGACACCUACGUUUUGUGCAUACAUGUGUUGUACUUAAAGUAGAACAAUGUCUACAGUGACAGAUAGCUCUUGUUCCUGCAUGGAAACCAUAUCAGAUAGGGCUUUUAUGCACAGUGGUUUCUGUAUCGAAGCAGAAUUCGCGGCUCCUAUCUUGAAAGUGGAUCAUCACUAACUGCUACCCUUCGCGGCAGUAUGAACAGGUGUUCAUGUAUGUAGACAAAUUAUUAAACUAUCCAGUAUAGCAGAAACAGUAACCAGAUGUCAUAUGUCUGCAGUUCGACUUAACAAACAGUUUUUACUUAACUACUGCAGUUUGGAAAUACGUGUGGACAGCGUUAAGUCUGACUUUUCAUUCAAAGUCUACUGGCUUCAGUUUGACCAAGCCAGGUCCCUAAAAAAUAUGCAAAUUAGCAACUGAAUGCCAUAACUGUUGCAUCCACAACUGAGAUGAUCUUCUGUUAUUUAAUUGCUUUGACUACCUUGUACACGUAAGUUGUUGUGUUUUAUUGCAGGCAAGAAGAGGAGCCCGCAAUCCUAAUCUCCAGGUUGUUAUUAUGCAUGCGUCGCAUGUAUGUAACCAGCAUUCGUUUAGAUUUCCACUAAGUAUGAGUGGAAUGCACAAAAUGCAAUUUGAUCCCUCACGUUUCGACUUCCUACCCCUCAUCAUCUGAUCACGUGCGUUUUGAUCAACUGUCACGUGAAACUAACGCAAAGCACAGCCUUGGAGCAAAAGCGUUUGGACCUCUGAUUGUUGUUGCCUGCACUCCCUAACCUUUGGUUAUUACCUAGUUUAGAAAUUAUUUUGUUUGGCUUACAGAUAAAAAGGAUUCUUCACAAGAUGGAGGAGAAACUUCAAGCAAAGAA